AUGAGUUUCUUUCGAACUGUACAAAGCGAAACAUCAAGAGUCAACAUGAAUUCUGCACUGCAAUUGAGCUGCCUUCUGGUCGUUUUGGGUUGCCUUUUGGGAACAGGACAGUGCCAAACUGAUGCCGAAUUUACCGCUAAGGCCCGUCAAAUGAUCGCCGUAUUUGGCAACCAGUCGGUCGAUCGGUACACAAAGGCCCGAAAUUUGCCGGCACUGGUUGAAUUCCUCGAGAAAUACUCCAAUCGCAUUCAACUGACAGCUCAAGAACGGACAAAUGCCAACAAUGUUGUGAGGAGGUAUAGGGCACAAAGGGCCCAGCAAGUCGAUGGAGUUUCGGCCCAGGGAGGAUACUGGUUCCUAAUACCCAUUUUGGCACCCGCCAUUGCGGAUAUUGUGGGAGCCAUCGCCAAGGCCCUCGCCAGUUUGUAA